GCUAGAUCUGCUCUGUCGUUUUUCAAAUCCAUUGUUUGAGGCGGGAUUAAGAGCGCAUGCGCAUUUGUGCCUGCCAUGGGGCGAGGGUCGUGCGACCCUCUUUGCACCUCUUUUGGUGUCUGAUUAAUUAAGGAGGUGGUGGUGGGGGAAAGCUUAUGACCUCUUUCUGGUGCAAGCAGGGCGGACCCCUCACCCUCCCACCCCAACAUUACUUUUUAAAGGAUUUUAGAUUGCUGGUAAAAGUUUUGCCGCUUUUAAAAUACAGUUUUACGUGCAAUAAAAGAUGCUGCCUGAAUGUUUUUGGCCAGGAUUUCUCACCUUUUGGAUGCUGGGAGAGACAAUGCCUUUGGUCACCGGACUGGUUCCCUCACGAUUCCUCACCCUCACGGCCCAUUUGGUCAUCGUCAUCACCAUCUUCUGGUCCAGGGAAAACAAUGUCCGCGCUUCCCUGCCUCUCCAGUGCACCCAGGAGGAGUUUGAGAACCAAGACACAGAGAUGGUGGUUGCCCUGUCGGUGACGCUCGGGCUUUUUGCAGUGGAGUUGGCUGGCUUUCUCUCUGGAGUGUCCAUGUUCAACAAUGUGCAGAGCCUCCUCUCUUUGGCUGCCCACAGCAGUGCCUCCAUCUGCCUCUCCUUUUUCGUCUUUGAGCGCUGGGAGACGGUCACUUACUGGUACAUCACGGGCUUCUGCAGCGCCUUGCCUGCCACUGUGGAGAUACUGCUUUUCAUCUCAGUCUUGGGCUUGAAGAAGAAGCCCCUGUGAAGCCGCCUGCCACCACCCCCACCCCCCGCCGGAGGAGACGUUUGUUGGGGGCGACUCCAGAUGGGCAAGAAAACCAACUGAGGCUGAGCAGAGCCAAGCUGCGCUGGCACAGUGAAAUAGAGACUGAGCACAAUUGGGGAGAACGAGUAGGAUGAACAAGCUCUGACCCUCCCUGGUGCCGCAUUGCCAGCCGCCACCCACAGCUCCAGCAACACAGAUCUGUCUCCUGCGCUGCGCGCUGCCUCCCCCCAGCGGCAAUCGUGGUAACAGCGCCCUGUCGCCGCACAAAGCCACAGCGUUUAGUCACACGUGCUUUUUCCAGCCUCCGUUCAUGCACCUGCAGUGCCAAAAUGCCGCCUUCGGAAGAAGUGGCGAAGUCCGAGCCUCUAGCCCAAUGGGCCGCCCUGCAAAAGGGACUAGGGGGGGGCAUAACGGGUGUGCGCGUGUGUGUAAAAUUUAUUCAGGACAUUUGAUUGUAGUUAGAUAAUGCUGUAUGAGAUUUAUUACACUUUUUUUUACCUGAAUAAAAUAGCAUCCUUCUUAUAAAUUCG